GUUACAGAAAAAUCUGCUCUAUUUGCAUGCUUGGAUCAUGUUCAAUUGAAGCAGGGCAAAACUGACUCUAAUACCAUUUUCCCCGGAUUAUUUCAGCCCAAGGGAGAUCUCCCUGAUGCUGAGGAAUACUACCACAGAGCAACACAAGUGGAGCCUGGAGAUGCAAUGUUAUCGGCGAAUAUGCUAGCUCUAUCUGGAAAUAGAUAAGGGAGAGGGAGAUGAAGAGAAUUGGACGACAAAUAGUAAUAAAUCAAUGUUUAUGUUGUGUUUGUUGCAUUGUUUCUUUGGUGGUUGAUGCCAGUUCAUCCAAGUUAGGUGUGUUGGUCUUAAAUUGUGGCAACUGUUCUCUUCUCACUUCUCAGCGAUUUUGAUUCAUGGAGUGACUAUAGAGAAAAUGUUGUUUCCGAGGAAUAUUAAUUAGUACUUGGAAUCUCUGGUGGUUUGGUGGAGUUUGUGAUACUG